AUGGAGAAAGAUAUCCGAAAGCCGCUACUAUGUCCAGAUUCCGAGCAAAAUGGAGAUCUUCCAGCGACCUCAAGAUCACCGAGAACAAAGAACAACCACGUCCCGAUUUUUCUGGGCACCGCGUGCUUUCUUUGCCUUGCCUUAAUUAUGGCUAUUAGGCAUUUUGGAACAACAGAGCAAAUGCCAUCCGGAUGGUUAGAGCGAUGUGCUUGGCGCGAUCUUUCACCGCACGUCCAUCUCCUCGACGUCGCUCCCAUUGCACAUGACGAGUUCCUCCAGCGACAAUCAACUCUAGCCGCCGCCCUCGACGCCGUAGGCGUCGAUGCAUUCAUCGCAGAACCAUCAGCAUCAUCAAGCUACUACGUCAACAUCUCCACCUCCUUCGAGCUCAGCGAACGACCAUUCCUCAUGAUCAUCGACAGAGCUGCCCAAUUCUCCUACCUCGCCCCGAAAUUCGAGGCGGGGCGCAUUGCUAGACUGGAGAUGGUCUACAGAGAUAAGAAGGUCAUUGAGUGGCCGGAGGAGAAAUCUCCGUAUAAAGUUUUGGCGACAGAGACGGGGUAUAAAAAGAUCAUGCUUGAUGAGCAUGCGAGGUUUAUGAUAGCCUCUGGCCUUCAAGCUGCUGGGGUUGAGGUUGUUCCGACGACGCAGAUUAUUCAGUCUCUCAGGGCUGUUAAGACAGAAGAAGAGCUCAAGAUUCUGAGAGGAAUUAAUGAUUUUACGCUGCAACUUGUCAGAUCGCUGCAGAAGUGUAUCAAGAUCGGCAUGACACAGGAGACAGUUGUUUCCGCUGCCUCGAGACUCUUCGGGAGAGCAGGAGUCGGGAAUGGAUUCUGGGCUAUCGUGCUUUUCGGAGAUCAAGCUGCUUAUCCUCAUGGUGGAUCGUCAGGGAAGACGUUGAGCCGUGGCGAAUUCGUGCUCAUUGAUAUCGGAUCAAAGCUUCAUGACUAUGGCAGCGAUGUCACACGCACGAUAUUGCCAACUGGAUCAGAGGUUACCAAGGAGUUGAUGGAUGUGUGGUACACGGUUCAAGCUGCACAAGCCGCAGCUAUUGAACUCAUGAACGUGAAUGAAACCUGCUCGGUUGUUGAUGCUGCGGCCAGAAAGGUCAUCACUGAUAACGGAUAUGGGGAGUUCUUUACGCAUAGACUAGGACACGGAUUGGGGUUAGAGAUGCAUGAACAUCCGUAUUUGAAUGGGGCGAAUGGGGAGAAGUUGAGGAUUGGAGAGGUGGUGACGAAUGAACCUGGAAUAUAUGUCACGACCGAUCAAGCAAAGAAGUUGAGUUUGGAUGUUGGAUUUGGUGUUCGGCUUGAAGAUCCCAUUCUCGUUUCGAACCAGGAUCGACCUGGAGGUAUCCUCAUGACUGGGUCGAGAGCGAAGUCUCCGUACGAACCAUAA